ACAUCGCGGGAGCGCAGGACAAGGCUCAGCAGAUUAAACCUCCUUAGCGGUAUUCCCGAGUGUAGCUCGGGGUAACAUUUCAGUACCAAAAGCGGUAACCCCGAGCUACACUCGGGAAUACCAUGCGGCACCUCCGGCAUGUGUUCUUCACUUACCUUACCCUGCGCUUUUGAUGUGUCCCCUGCAGCGUCCCCGGCCAUCUCCUCCGGCCGAUGCCGGCAUCCGGCUUCUGUGUCCUGUCCCUGUGAGUCGGGACGUACGGGCGCCGCCGCCGCAGGCGGCGGGAAAUUUAAAAAUUUUAAAAAA